AUGAAAUUAAAUUUUUCAACCAUUAUACUUGUUAUUGUCGUAUUGAUAUUUUCAGUUUUUUUUGCCAAUUUAUCUAAUUUGAUUGCAAUACAAGUGGAAAAUACAAUAGUUAAUGAUGAUGAUUAUAACAAAGAUAUUACAAUUGAAAAAUAUAAAUCUCAUUUUGAUAUUGACAGCCCAGAUAAUGAAGAACAGGUGAUUGAAAAUAACCAUUUCAAACAUUUAAUGUGGUUUCUACAGAUAUCAGAUAUUCAUGUCAGCAUAUUUCAUGAUUCUUCUAGAAUUACAGAAUUUCAAGAAUUCUGCGAAAGAACUGUACCAUCUAUUAAUCCAUCAUUGGUUUUAGCAACCGGAGAUUUAACGGAUGCCAAAACGGCUGACAAUAUGGGUUCUGCACAACAAAUUGAAGAGUGGGAAAUAUAUAAAAACAUUCUUUUAGAAUCUGAAGUUGUUAAUAAAACAGUUUGGUUAGAUAUAAGGGGUAAUCAUGAUAAUUUCAAUAUACCUACUCCGGAUUCGAAAUUGAAUUAUUAUAGAAAUUACACAAUACAAGGCAGAAAACAUCCUCACUCUUAUUUAUACACAUCCUUUAUAAAUGGUGACAUGUAUGGAUUUUUGGGAAUUGAUGCUUGUUUAUCUCCUGGACCUAAAAGACCAUUUAAUUUUGUCGGUGUUUUAAAUAAAACUGAAAUCCAACACAUAAGACAUUUGAUUUCAGAAGCCAAAAGAAAAAGAGUACAAUACACUGUAGUUUUCGGACAUUAUCCGACUUCGUGCAUAAUAACAGAAGGCCAAAAAUCAGUUAGAAAUAUUAUAAUCGAAGCUCCUGGUUGUUGGACUUAUUUAUGUGGACAUUUUCAUAUGUUGGGAGGUCUUGUGCCAAAUAUGUACACAUUGCAAAAAAGUGGAUAUUUAGAACUUGAAUUGGGAGAUUGGAAAGAUAAUAGAAUUUAUAGAUUAGCAGCAUUCGAUAAUGGAUUCUUUUCAUUUGUUGAUGUUUAUCAUGGAGAAUGGCCAAUCAUGCUUAUAACAAAUCCUAAACAUUCUUUGUAUUUGGUUCCUUUUAAAGAAUCUAAACUUUCGUUUCUUCGUUCUUCCCACAUAAGGCAAGACGACAUUUUAGUUUUGGUUUUUUCCAUCGCUCCCAUCGAUUUGGUACAAAUUCAAAUAAAUGACGACGAUUGGAAAAAUGCAAGUAACGUCAAAGGACCUCUUUACAUCGUACCUUGGCAACCUGAAAAAUACGGAACCGGAAUUCAUAGCAUAAACGUUCGAUCGAGAGACAGAGAAGGAAGAGAACGCGGUAUAACUCAACCAUUUUCCAUUGAUGAAACAACAUUUAGUUUUAAAUUUUGGCCGCGUUUAGUACUUAUGACUAAUAUCAGUACCGUCUUUCAGUCUCUUUUUGGAAUGUCACUUUGUUUUUCAACCGUACCCCUAUGCAUAUUUAAAGUGGCACACGUUUUAGUAAAGAAAAAAAAAAUGAAAAAACCACAAAUUAAAAAUAGAGUUUUAAGAAAAUGGAUUCGUAGUUUUUGGAUUUUAUCAACUGUUGAUAAAAUUUUUUAUCCUUUGGUUACGUAUCCACUCUACCUUUCGGUUGGGCCUUGGACUAUUGGAGAAGUGAUUGAUGGUCACAUCGGUGCAGUUUUCGCAUGGGGUUUACUCGUUAAUAAUUCCUACCUUCCCGGAUCAUUUACUUACGCCUAUGGUUUCAUGCAAAUGUGUACAUUUCAAUUACCAUUAACAGUAGUUUUAGCGAAAGCUAUCGAUAGACGGUUCCGACAUUUUCAAACGGUUGAAAGAACUUCGAAAUUAGAUUUUUUUUUCCGUCAUUUACCCUUCGCCAUUGUUGUUUCAAUACAAGUUAUAUGUGCCUAUUUUUUCCUUUUGGCGUAUGGAACGCUAGCAUUUUUUUUAGGACCCCUUCGCACGUGGUCUAUUAUAUUAGCUUUAAUCUUAUGGAGAUCGUGCAAUAACCUGAAAGAAAAUUCAUUUAGGGAAGCAAGUAAAGUUUGGAUGAAAACACGACUGGAAAAUCCGGAAGAAAACACAGUUACAAGCAAUUUAUAA